UUCCGGUUCCAUUUAUUGAUUAUUUUAGCGUAUUUUAUACUAAUUUUUCGUUUUCCUUUGAUGUAUUUAGAAACAUGGAUUGGCAAUUAACUUGUCGAGUAUGUUUAGAAACUGGUGAUAUGGUAUCCCUCUUUGAUUGGGACGAAAAUAAUGAGCAACUUGCUGACAAGUAUUUGUACUGCUGCGGUAUUGAGGUUACUAAAAAGGACAUAUUACCGACGCUAAUAUGUUUGAAUUGCGUGGAUCGCUUAACGUUUGCUUAUCAAUUCAAACAACAAUGUAUUGCAUCGACGGAUACUUUGAAAGAAUGUCUCGAAGAAUUUAUGAAGAGCCAGGCUGAAGUUUCCGAGCCCAAGAAAGAAGCCAGUGAAACAGAAACAAUCACAAUAAAGCAAGAGAAUGGAUUACUUCUACAAUAUGAUCUUCCAGUAGAGCAUGACCCACAGGCACAAUGGACAAGAACUCUCACAAAGACUCCAACAACCACUGUUGUAACUAAAUCACCAGGCCCUAAGAAAAGGGGGCGGCCAAGGAAAUAUCCUAAUGAGCAAGGACAAAUUGACAUUUCUCCAUACACCCGCAAGAAGCACAAGGAUAGUGACAAAGAACAGCAGUCCCUUACUUCACUGCUGGCGUCAGGCACAUUAGAGCUUAAAGAAGAACCGCUUGAUGACGAAGAGGUGUUUGGAGGAGAGCAUUAUGACAACAGCGACCCGGACUUUAUACCCGCUGAAGAAGCAGAAUCUGAGCCGGAAACUAAAAAGGAGCAGGCUGCACCGCGACGUCGCGGCAGACCUCCCAAAGUACAUAUUGAGCCGGUCAAAGAAAAAACACAAGAUGGUGAGGAUGUUCUUCUGAAGGAGACUAUACUGGCAUUCUCUGAGCCAAUACCUGAUCAUAUACUGAAUCCUAAACCUAAGAAGAGGAGAUCUUAUAUACAAAAAAAGAAGAAAUAUAACUAUGAAAAGACACACACAUGUGAGACUUGCGGUGCUUCCUUCACAUCAAAUGCAUCAUUACAAGCGCAUAUACGACGUCAUUUGGGAAUCAAACCAUUUGUAUGCAGUGUGUGCGGAUAUGCAUGUGUACUGAAUAUGGAGCUGCGUCGUCAUAUGAUGCGGCAUACGGGAGUACGACCAUACAAAUGCCGCGUCUGUGAUCGACGCUUUGGAGAUUUUGGUAGUCGGCAGAAGCAUGAGAGAUUGCACAUGGGUCUUCGUCCAUACCAAUGUUCUCUGUGCGGUAAAGCCUUCACAUACUCAUAUGUUUUGGCUAAUCACAUGCUCACUCACACCGGUGAGAAGAAAUACUCUUGUGCUCCUUGCAAUAAGAAGUUCACCAAAGCACAUCACCUCAAGUAUCAUAACAAAGUACAUCAUAAAGAAUUGUACAUACAACAACAAUUAGAACAAGAGGCAAAGAAGAUACGACAGCAGUUGAAUAUAAACAAUCUAUCAGGUGUCAUAUCCGGACAGAUUGUUGAUGGGAAGCUGCAGUUGAUCAAAACACAGCCUGAUGACGGUGAGGGUGAGCAGGAGAGGGAAAUGGAAGUGGUGGAGGAGCAGGAUCAAGAUCAGGACGAGGAUAGCGAGAAGGAAACUAAUAGAGCUGUGGCCGAUAUGAGAGCUGUGAUUCUGGACACAGACUUUUCUAUGGAAGAUGAUGAUAGCAAAGAGCAAUAAUAUUUAAAAUGUAUUUCCAAAAUAAAAACUCAGCAAUAAGUGUCUAUUAACAUAUGGGUUUUCACUGCAGAAACAAGUUAUAAAAACAUAUCCAUUUGGUCUUUGAAACACCAGAGAUGUUGUUAUACAUGUGUUGUUGCAGUGGAAACACAUUAGAAAUCCUCAUUUAGAAAUAUUGAUUAUAUGAAAUAACUUGUAAUAAAAUUUAAUUAGUUUUUGUUAGUA